CUUCUCAAUGAUGUCAUACCAUAGUCACUUGGGUAAGGAUUGCUCACUUCCCCAAAUUAGACCGAAAAGUCUGCUUUAACUUUUCAAUGGGUUUUUUUUCAAUCCGAUUUUUCGAAAUAUACGACAAUAAUAAAAAUUAUAGAUCAUUGUACUUUUUCAACUUUCCACUUGGUAAAUUCAUGGAAAAGUGGCGACAGCAUUCAGGGUGAAAGAAAUGAAAUGUAACCGAAACAUUUUUUGUUUCUUUACAAUUUCACGGUUCAUGGUUCCGUAUUUUGUGGGCCAAAGAUAAAAAAUCCCGAUUUUCGAAAUAAAACAUUUUUCUGUGCGCUUUCAGUUUCGUGUUCUGUAUUAUCUGGAGCACACUGCGUUUCGUUUUAUUCAAGAGGCCGCUUCCAACACGAGCUAAUCAGGUAGCAGAAUGGACGAGACAAAGCCACUUCGUAACAGCGGUUCAGGAACCACAAGCAACACCAGGCUGUUCCUGGCAGUAUUUUCCGCUGUUCUAGGGAACUUCAAUUUUGGAUUUUCUAUGGUGUACCCUUCCCCAGUGAUACCCCAGCUUCAAGUCAUUGAUAACCCCAGUCUGAGGAUGAACACACAUCAGGUGGCUUGGUUUGGGUCAAUCUUCACGCUGGGCGCUGUGGCGGGGGGCCUGGGGACCAUGUUGCUGAACGACAGGCUCGGCAGGAAGCUCAGCAUCAUGCUGUCUGCUGUGCCUUCCACUGCGGGGUAUCUGCUGAUAGGCGGGGCUCAGGUGGUGUGGAUGCUGCACCUGGGCCGAUUCCUGACUGGGAUUGCGGGAGGCAUGACUGCUGCCUCCAUUCCUGUAUAUGUGUCAGAGAUCUCCCAUCCAGCAGUCAGGGGAAUCCUGGGAUCCUGUCCCCAGAUCACUGCUGUGUGUGGAUCCCUUGCUCUCUAUGCUCUUGGUCUGGUGUUGCCAUGGCGAUGGCUAGCAGUCGCUGGAGAGGUUCCCAGUCUCAUCAUGCUGGUGCUGCUUUGCUUCAUGCCAAAGUCACCGCGGUAUCUCAUUGCCCAAGGGAGAGAUGCUGAUGCCCACCAAGCAUUAGGCUGGCUCCGGGGCCCAAGCUCUGACAUCACUGCUGAGUUCAACAAAAUCCAAAGGAGCAUCGCUUCACAGAGAAAGAUAAGAUGGGCGGAGCUGGCCACACCAUUCUACUAUAAGCCAAUCCAGAUUGCCGUGGUGAUGCGGUUCCUGCAGCAGAUGACUGGAAUAACUCCCAUCCUUGUGUACUUGGAGCCCAUCUUUCACCUGACCAGAGUCUCACUGGAGCCAAAGUAUGAUGCAGCCCUGGUGGGCUCGGUACGGCUGCUGUCUAUUGUGAUCGCGGCCAGUUUAAUGGACAAGGCUGGCAGGAAGGCCCUCCUCUUCUCAUCAGGAUUCCUGAUGUUCCUUUCCACCCUUAGCAUGAGCAUAUACUCUCACACCACGCCAUGCCCUGCCCUCAAUGUCACCACCCUCCCCUUACAGACCACACCCUUUGACCCCUCUAGCCUCAUCCCGUUGAUCAGCACCAUGAUCAUUAUAUUUGGUGACCAACCUAGAAUGGUAUGGGUGAAGCAUGGAGCCACUGAUGCAUGCUAUGCCAUGGGAUGGGGCCCAAUCACUUGGCUGCUGAUGUCAGAGGUCUUGCCACUGGGGGCCAGGGGUGUGGCCUCUGGUCUGUGUGUUGGUGUCAGCUGGCUCACUGCCUUUGUACUGACUCAGGUCUUUAUGCAUGUGGUGGAAGCAUGGGGACUGUUUGUUCCCUUUCUGUUCUUCUCUGUGGUCUGUGUGGUCAACAUCAUGUUCACAGCUGUGUGUGUACCUGAGACACGUGGACGCUCCCUGGAGGAGAUAGAGAACUAUUUCCGCACUGGUCGCGCCUUCACCAUUAGGGACAUCUGACAGCUAGUCCAGAAAAUAUAGAACACCCAUUUACAUCCCAAGCUUUUUGCUGCUGUGACGGAUGGCAUUAAUGUGUUCUCUCUUGGGAACCUGAAGAUACAACAACUAGAAAUGCUGUGUGAUGUAUUGAAUGUUUGUCCCACAUGCAUCUUUGGUUGAUGAAAAGUUUUUUUUGGGAAAACUUGCCUUUUACAUUAAUUGUAUUUCCAGUUAAUUAAAAUAGAUACAUGAAUAAAUAUCAGAUUGUUAUGACACAAAAUCCACCUACAUUACAAUAACCAGUUGUAUGUACCACAAAGCCACUUCAAAGUAAUAAGAUUUUCAUUAAAAUAAAUGUCACUAUCUAUCCCUGAAUUAGGUAACACAAUGGUGAUUGAGCCUUGUUAUUACCCCAUGGGUCUAGGGGUGCAUGGGGUCUGUAACUGGAUGUUAAGAAUGCCGGGAGAUGUUAAUGCUGUAUAAAUGACGGUAACAACAAUAAAUCAAACACAGACAAAAGCAGCAA